UUGAUUCCGCUUUCGUCCCUGCGAUGUAGUUGUUGUUUUAACCGAUGCGAUGUACAUUUUUAUGCGGUAUCCUUUAUCAUUUUAGUUCUUUGUAAGAAGAACAUCUAAUUUAUUCCUAAAAUGGAUGAACAACCGAGGGCCAUUUUACAACGGAUCAUACGAAAAAUACCCAACAAAAAGUUACAGACUACUCUGAGAGCUUGGGAUCGUCUGUCGAGCGAGCAGCUGGAGUCUCUGGAUUAUGCCCAGCCCAAAUGGCUGUUUCUGGAAAACUUAAUAUCCAGUUGCGAGGACAACAGACUGAGUUUAAAAGAUGUAACAAAACUGGAGAUGGUCUAUUACAUAGACAACCCUAAUCAAGGAACCUGGCAUGCCUACCAGCUCUUUCAAGCAGAAGAUGAUGCAGUUUCUGUGAAUUUCACACAGUUUAGGGAGCAGUUCAAGGCCCACUUGGAGGAAGUUGUCCGACAUGUAUCUGUUAGGACAAAGAAGCUUGAGGAUGGUGCAGUUUGGAUUCGUAUUGCGUGGGGAGACAACUUUAGUAAACCCAACCACCUCAAACCAACUUACGUUGUGCAUUACCUACAGACUCCUUAUGUGUUUGUCCUUAAUCUCAUGUCCAAGCACAAGCCUUUCCUGUAUCAGGCUCUACUUCUGUCCACCAGACACGUGUCCAUAAAGGAAGCCCAGCUGAGUUCUCGAAACCUCACUGCAAUGAGGGAUCUUGUCAUGAGACAAUAUCAACAGGUGUUCCCGACAAAUCAGGAAAGGACUUUAAAAGAAAGAAAUGCACCUCCUUCACAUCCCAAUAUAGAAAAAGAGCAUGCUGAGUAUGCUGAAAGAAGACAUCAGAUGGCAUGUGAGGCAUUUGGUGACGGGAUCCUGCCAAAGCUGGAAACUGCUGUUUACAAGCUUGAAACAAGAUACAGAGGCAACAGCAAUAACACUCUUAAUGAUAAAGAUGAACUCUUUAGAGGAGUGGUUAUGUUCUCCAGCAGCAACCUCCUGGAGUCCUUCCGUUACUGUGUGUCUGCAGGCAUGGCUGAAGGUCCUGUUACUCCCUUGCUGUCCUCCAUCACACAGAAAGGGAGGAACAGCUUUGUGAUCACUGACAAAGUCCCAGGAGCUGCCAGUCAGACUCCUGCUCACUAGGCUUGAUGCAGCAGAUAAUGAGGACUCUUGCUUGCUUGAGCGGUUCAAGUCUGCUUGGGUGUAUGUGUAUAUAUGUGUCCUUGUGUGUUUUCUACAGUUUAACCCCUGUUCAGCCAUGUUUAUCAUUUUUACAAAGUUUUUAAUAAAGAUUUUAAUUAAAAA